AUGAAGUUAACGGAGGAUGACGUUCGUCUUUUAGAGUUCUCAACGCAUCAAGAAUAUCUUCAAAGCCUCGUGACCACACAAGACCUUCGUUAUCUUGGCCAUAAAGAAAAUGGCCUUCGUCUGUAUCAAACUGGUUACAGAUCGUUCACUAAAGCAGCUUUUGAAAGUCGUCGAACUGAAAUAGCAGAUUUUCUGUACGCCACUCAAGACCAUAACGUUUAUUUUAGUCGGGGUUUGCAAACUUCGGAUUAUUUCCUUGGUGAGCUGGCAACCCGAGAAAGACCCAAUAGACUAGGCAUGCUAUCCACUAUUAUUUAUAUUCGGUAUUGCCGGAUGAAUGCUGAAAUUUCCGGCUAUAUUGAUUAUGAGCAAGCUCUUAGACGAACUAACAAGGACAAAGAAAAUGCUUUAGACUGGAAGGCGAUUUUCAAAGGAGAACAAAUACUUUAUCCAACUAAGAUUGAUCUUUCUUACUACAACUCACGUAGUGAUAGAGUUUUUAAAAAGAACUCGAGGAAUUAUAUUGUAUUAUGCGAUCCGAUUAGAGGUGUAGUGUUCCGCAAUAUACACGAUCGUAAGGAUGUCAUACCAGAUCCAAUUGCUGGGUACUUUGGAACGAACACUACGCGAACCGAAAUUGAUAGUAACGUUUAUGAGCAAGUUGUCCUAUAUGAUCAUGUCGUGCGAAAAAAUUUUUAA